AUGGUGGUGGGGGGCUUGUGCGCCCUCAUACACGGAGCAGCUUCACCUCUCAUGCUCCUGGUUUAUGGCAUGAUGACUAACACGUUUGUGGCCUAUGAACUGGAGGUCCAGGAACUUAAAGACCCAAACAAGACAUGCAUCAAUAACACCAUAUACUGGAUAAAUGCACAGAUGACCAUGUUUGCAUAUUACUAUGUUGGAAUUGGGUUAGGAGUUCUGGUUGUUAGUUAUUUCCAGAUUUUCCUCUGGGUGUCAGCGGCUGCACGACAAAUUCACAGAAUAAGACAGACUUAUUUCAGAAAAGUAAUGCGGAUGGAGAUCGGCUGGUUUGACUGCAACUCUGUUGGUGAACUGAACACAAGGAUUUCAGAUGACAUCAACAAGAUCAACAACGCCAUCGCUGACCAGGUGUCCAUCUUCAUCGAGAGGAUUUCUACGUUUGUGUUUGGCUUCAUGGUUGGGUUCAUCGGUGGGUGGAAGCUAACUCUGGUGGUCAUAGCUGUGAGCCCUCUGAUUGGUGUAGCUGCUGGACUGAUGGCCAUGGCUGUGGCCAGGCUGACUGGACGAGAGCUGAAGGCAUACGCAAAGGCAGGUGCAGUGGCGGACGAGGUCCUGUCAUCCAUCAGAACCGUAGCAGCUUUCAGUGGGGAAGAAAAAGAAGCUGAGAGGUAUGAUAAAAACCUUGCAGAAGCUCAGAACUGGGGCGUGAAAAAGGGGGCAAUCAUUGGCAUUUUUCAAGGAUACUUGUGGUGCAUCAUUUUCCUUUGUUUCGCUUUGGCCUUUUGGUAUGGAUCUAAAUUGGUCAUUGAGACCAAGGAGCUUUCUCCUGGUACUCUUAUACAGGUAUUCUUUGGAGUACUCAUGGCAGCGAUGAACCUGGGCCAGGCCUCCCCCUGUCUGGAGGCUUUUGCUUCAGGUCGCGCUGCAGCAAAGACCAUCUAUGACACAAUUGACCGGGAGCCAGAAAUUGAUUGUUUCUCAGAAGAAGGUCAGAAAUUGGAGAAAGUGGAAGGCGUCAUUGAGUUCCAUAACGUCUCUUUCUUCUACCCAUCACGACCUGAAGUCAAGAUUUUAGAUGAUCUGAGCAUGCAAAUCAAAGCAGGAGAAACCACUGCUUUUGUGGGGCCAAGUGGAUCUGGAAAAAGCACUGCAACUCAACUCAUCCAAAGAUUUUAUGACCCAAAAGAAGGAAAGGUGACCUUGGACGGCCAUGACAUACGUUCUCUGAACAUCCAGUGGCUCCGAUCGCUCAUUGGAAUAGUCGAACAGGAGCCCGUGCUUUUUGCUACAACCAUUGCAGAAAACAUCCGGUUUGGUCGCCCUGGAGUAACAAUGGAGGACAUCACCCAUGCAACAAAACAGGCUAAUGCCUACAAUUUUAUAAUGGACUUACCACAGAAAUUUGAUACUCUGGUUGGAGAAGGUGGAGGUCAGAUGAGUGGAGGACAGAAACAGAGGAUUGCUAUUGCUCGAGCUUUGAUACGCAACCCAAAGAUUUUGCUGCUGGAUAUGGCCACGUCUGCCCUGGACAAUGAGAGUGAGGCUGUAGUCCAGGAGGCUCUGGAUAAGGUGCAAUUGGGCAGGACAACAAUUUCCAUAGCUCACCGCCUUUCAACGAUCAGAAAUGCAGAUGUCAUCAUCGGGUUUGAGCAUGGGCAGGCUGUGGAGAGGGGAACGCACAGUGAGCUGUUAGAGAGGAAAGGUGUCUACUUCACCUUGGUCACCCUGCAGAACCAAGAUGUAUCCAACACAACACAUGAUGAAGUCGGUGAAGCUCUUGAUGACUUUGAUAUAAAAGCAAGGAGUGGAAGCUGCAGAUCCAGUAAUAGGAGCCUUGUUCGACUGAGGUCUCAGAGCACUCUAUCAUCAAACAGCCUCAAGAUCCUUUCCAACAUCAUGAUCCCACCAGCAACACAGACAUAUGAGGAAAAUGUAGUGGAAGAGGUAGAGCCAGCCCCAGUAGCUCGUAUCCUCAAAUACAACCAGCCAGAAUGGCCCUACAUGGUGAUGGGAUCACUGGGAGCGGCUGUCAAUGGCUCUGUCAAUCCUAUCUAUGCUAUCCUGUUCAGCCAAAUUCUUGGGACGUUUGCCAUUCGUGACCUGGAAGAACAGAGGAAGCAGAUCAACGGAAUAUGUGUUCUGUUUUGUGUCAUAGCUGUGAUGAGUGUCUUUUCACAGUUUUUACAGGGAUAUGCUUUUGCUAAGUCUGGAGAGCUCCUGACUCGACGUCUGAGGAAAGUGGGCUUCCAGGCCAUGUUAAAACAGGAGAUUGGCUGGUUUGAUGACCCAAAAAACAGCCCUGGAGCUCUGACUACCCGACUGGCCACUGAUGCAUCCAUGGUGCAAGGGGCAACUGGAUCUCAGAUUGGCAUGAUCGUCAACUCAUUGACCAACAUUGGAGCGUCUUUCAUCAUUGCUUUCUACUUCAGUUGGAAGUUAACUUUAGUCAUUUUAUGCUUCCUGCCACUCAUCGGCCUGUCGGGGGUUUUCCAAGCUAAAAUGCUAACAGGUUUUGCAAGUGAAGAUAAAAAAUCCAUGGAAACAGCAGGUCAGGUAUCCAGUGAGGCUCUUUCCAACAUCAGAACCAUUGCCGGCCUGGCCAAAGAGAGCUCAUUUGUGGAGUCAUAUGAGCAAAAGCUUGAGCUUCCCUACAAGUCAGCCAAGAAGAAAGCCAAUAUUUACGGUCUAUGUUUUGGUUUUGCCCAGUGUGUUAUCUUCAUGGCAUAUGCAGCUUCGUUUAGAUAUGGAGGCUAUCUGGUUAGCUCUGAGGGAUUACCAUACAUGAUUGUAUUCAGGGUGAUUUCUGCUGUUGUUAUCAGUGGGACAGCACUGGGCAGAGCUUCUUCCUUCACUCCAGAUUACGCUAAAGCCAAAACUGCUGCCUCUCAGUUUUUCACACUUUUAGAUCGAGUUCCUAAAAUUAACAUGAGCCUGACAGAUGGAGAGAAAUGGGACUCAUUCAAAGGGGAAUUAGAUUUCCUCAACUGCAAAUUCACCUAUCCAACUCGUCCAGACAUCCAGGUGUUGAAGGGCCUGGUUGUGUCAGUGAAACCUGGUCAGACUUUGGCAUUCGUUGGGAGCAGCGGCUGUGGGAAAAGCACCAGUGUUCAACUGCUGGAGAGGUUUUAUGACCCUGAUGAAGGCAGAGUGUUGAUUGAUGGUCGCUCAUCUCAAACUGUGAAUGUGCCCUUCCUGAGAUCUCAGAUUGGCAUUGUGUCCCAGGAGCCGGUGUUGUUUGACUGCAGCAUCGCAGAGAAUAUUCAGUAUGGAGAUAAUACUUGUACUGUCAGCAUGGAGGAGGUUGUUGAGGCCUCUAAGAAGGCCUUCCUUCAUGACUUUGUGAUGACACUGCCAGAUAAAUAUGAGACUCAGGUUGGCACCCAGGGAUCCCAGCUGUCUAGAGGACAAAAACAGCGCAUUGCUAUCGCUCGGGCCAUUGUCAGGAACCCCAAGAUCCUGCUACUGGAUGAAGCUACCUCUGCUUUGGACACAGAGAGUGAAAAAACUGUCCAGUCAGCCCUUGAUGAGGCAAGAAAAGGUCGAACCUGCAUCGUCAUCGCUCACCGGCUGUCUACGAUUCAGACUGCUGACAUCAUAGCUGUGAUGUCUCAGGGAGUUGUAAUAGAACAAGGCACACAUGAUACACUCAUGGCCAAGAAAGGGGCCUAUUAUAAACUGGUCACAACUGGCGCUCCUAUCAGCUAGGUGAUUACAGCGUCAUGAUGAAAUGGUGUUGUAUGGGGCUUUUUGCACAGUUGAGUUAAAGUGUUGACAUGCUGUUGAAUCAAAACGUAGAAUAUCCUGAAAUGUGAGACUGUUAAUGAUCCAUAUGAAGAGCUUUGUCCUUUUGCAUAUACAGAAUUGCUUCUUAAAACAUCAAUUUUUUGUUCAAAAUACAUCAUUUAUUAUUAACAGUAUAAAUG